AUGUCCUACGGCAGUUACAACGGGAUGGACAAUCCCCAGUUUACGCCUCCUGUUUCUACGCGUAUGGGAAGUACUGGAUAUCCAUCUUACGAGGCACCUGCAUUCACUCCUCGCGCAUCUUACGACCGUUACGGGCCGCCACAGGACGAUACACAUUACAGAGGGACACCAGAUAAUUACAGAGCGGAGAGUGGUAGCUACAGGCAGCCCCCGGGGGACUUCCGUCCCAAUGACCAGUGGCGAGAGCGCAGCUCUCAAAGUGGCCCACCACCUGAACCAUGGAGACCGGCUGAGCCACGGGCUGGACAGCCAGCUGCUAGGCAAUUUGAGAGGCGUAGUUCUGGUGCACAGUGGGAAGGUACUCCCUCAGAAAGGUCAUUCGCACCAUCAGACGCAUGGGUAUCUUCGCAUACGACACCUACGGGUCGUGGAGUUUACCCAGACCCGCGACCUCGCGAAUCGCGACCCGCGUCACCUCGACGCUCCCGCGAUUUUGGAUCAGGCUAUGCUCCUACUCCCGUUACACCGUCUAGCGAUUCGUUCAGACAGCCUUCUGUGCAAUCUCCUGCAAGCGCUCGUUUGUCUCGACCAAACGAGCCUGACGCGCAGCCUGGACCACAUUGGCGUGGUCGCACUGGAUCGACCGCGAGUAGUCGUGCUCGUGCUGAUACUGUAGACUCGCAUCGGGACUCUGCGCCGGAUAGGUCAUAUAGCGGCUCUCCCGACUCCCGCUCUCCUGGUUCCUCUCAGGUGGUGCGGAAUAUCGUCGCGCCCAAGACGUUUGGCAGUCGAUCUUCGUCUAUAGAGGUCUCGUCUCCUCGGUCUUUCGUGCAAUCGAGUCGUCCUUUGCGUACUCCCAGUGUCUCUGUAGACACCAGCAUGCGCCCGGCUGAUGCUGCAAGCCCAAGCUCCGCACGAGCGGUACACCCGUCUCUACCUCCUCGGCCUGUGCCGGUUAUUUCUCGUGACACUGAAGGUGGUGAUGGCCCCGGAGUCACCAGUCCAACAGAAUCGCGCAAGAGGAAGACACGAAGAGGUGGCCAAAAUCGCCGCCGCACCAACUCAUCUGCGUCCAAUGACCCAUCCUCACCUCCCCUAUCGCCCGUAGUCUCUCACCCUCCUGGCGCUCUUCCUGAUAACCCGUCCGCUGCCGCCGGCAGUUUUGUAGACACGGCUGAUGAUAUCAAGCCCAAAGACGAACCUGAUGAAAGCACUGGCUCUCCUGGACCUGGACUUGCGCCCUUACCUUUGGAAUCCCGAGACGAUCAGACACCCGCAGUUCUGAAUUCUGCAUCUGCGUCGGAUGCUGAACCGCGUCAUCCCACAGUUGGAAGGACUUCACAUUCACCCAAUGACGGCGCCCCAUCUGUCCUGACACCUUCUGCGACGAAAGAAUUGCCAAUAGCCUCAUCGUCGGCUCUUGCCACUACGGAGACUCUCGAAGUUCCGGCAGGCUCUGCAAUGGCCAGUUCAUCUGGCUCUGCAGUAGCGCAAUCUGAGUUCUCCGCAUCUACCCGAGAUCCACCGCCUUCGUCUUCUGCGUUCUUACAAGCGCCUGUGCCGCCGACCCGCGAUAAUGCCUUUGCAGUGCAGCUCGACGAGAAUGAGACGCUUGCUUACCCUACCUCUAACGGCCCUAAUGGGCGCUCGCCACCGCCCUUCGACAUCCCUUCUGGUCCCCCACUACCAGUAAAGACAUACGAGGUCCCUCGUCCCUCGGCGGUUGUCUUCGAUGCCCUUAAGCUAUCCAUCACGACUCAGAAACAGUUUCGUGACCCGGGCGUCUUGGUGCACCCAAUCUACGAAGCCAAUCUUGAGUUGCGCGCGCAUUUCAACCCGGACGUAACGGAGCCGCUGAAGGUCGCGUCCACUCUCCGCGAGCGCGCUGCCACGCGCAAGGUCGUCUUUGAGCAGAUCCACUCUACACUUUCGGCGCUCGCAACCCACCGUCAGAAGCUUGUUGCAGAGAAGGCCGAACGUCUACGCAAGGAGUACCUGGAUCGACACAAUGCCUGGUUGGCGCGUUGCGCAGAUCUUGACCGCGCCAGUCAACUGCUCACGGUCCCGGCAUUGCUCGAAGAAGCGGCAGCUGCGUCGAACCAGCGUACCACGCGCCGUACGGCCGCCGUCGUCGGCGAUACUGUGCGUUCGGACCUCGAGAUGGAGCAGAUCAUCGCCACGCUCGGUAACGAGGAUAUGUUCGACCCCGCUAUUCUUGCCACACGGAAUGUUGCGAAGAUCCCAGACAUGAUCGCCGUCACGCAUGGCCAGGUCACGUACACGUUUGACGACACGAAUAACGCUGUCGAUGACCCGGCGUCCUUCUACGACCCGGGACCGAGUAUGGCGGCGUGGACCCCAGCGGAGGAGAAGAUCAUCCUGGAACAAUACGCCGCGAAUCCGAAGCAGUUCGGGAAGAUCGCAGAGGCGCUUCCGAACAAGACCGUGCGCGAGUGUGUGCUGUAUUAUUACUUGCACAAGAAGAGGCUCGUCGACUUCCGCAAGGCAGUCACGCUCUUCGGAAGGAAGGGUGGCCGCGGAGGUCGCGCGCGUGGCGCAAAGAAGAAAGGGAACGCGCUUCUCACCGAUAUUCGUGCCCACGAUGCCGAGGUGCGCGAGGAGAACGCCGAGGACGACGGGCUCGGCAAGCGGAGACGGCGCAAUGCCGCGACGGCAGCGGCGCAGUCCAUCGCCGUAGGCGCGAAUGCGGGCCGGCGCGGUCCGCGUCGAAGCGCGGUCCUCGCCACCAACGAGGCCACGCCCGUGACGACGCCUGAACCCGAGUCUCGUCCCAAACGAAGACGUGCCGUCAAGCCGGCGGAAACAACCGCAGAGCAAGACGAGGGAUCCGACUCCGAGCGCCCCGCGAAGCGUACCAAGCGUGGAGGUCGCAAGUCGAAGGUAGCUGAAGCUGCCGAAGACGAUGCGUCUUCCUCGAAGCCAGCCUCGUCUGCUCGAGGUGAGGCCCGGCGCAAGGCAGCCGGCUGGACGAACAAAGACAAACUUCUUUUCGUCGAGCUACUCUCUCAGCACGGGGACGAUUGGGAAGGUCUUGCAGCAGCCAUGGGCAACAAGUCUUCCGUAGAAGUGUUCUCGUUCUACAAGGCGAACAGGGUCGAGCUUCAGCUGGACGCCAUUCUCGAAGCCGCGAAGAACGACGCCGUUUCUCCCGCGGGGUCUACUGUUCUCGAGACUCCGGCAGAUUAUGGGACACCGGUCAGUGAUCUGCCUCUGACGACCGCUGGACCCAGUGCGCCUGCAACACCGAUCCUCAAUGGCGCGUCGAAAGGACAUGCACUCCUUCCCGGCCAGUCAAUCCCGGGUGGUUCGUGGGCUAUGCCCUUGGCGUCUCGCGGUCCCAACUCUAUGCUAGUUGCGAACACAUACCGUACACAAUCCGGAUACCAGUCUUCGCCCAGCUCCACGCCUUACCCCCAGUACGCUGGAUCCAACGGGAAUCAACCGCCUAUGCGGCCCUUAUCUUGA